AAAGAAAGGAAAAAAGAAAAAAAAAAAAAAAAAAAGUUGGUGUAAACUAUCGAUUUUGUUUCUUUUCUCGUUCCAUUCAGGGUCUGUCUUUGUGCCAGCAACACUGAUUAAUCAAACCAAAAGAAUUCAAGACGAGUGGUUCGAUGUGAUGUUAGAUAAUCAACAACCGAUAGUGGGCCAAUUACGCAUCGGUGCCUUGUUGGAGGAAUAUCAGGUGUUUCCAUUACAGACUUACCGUCCCUUGAUGGACGAUUUGACAAAAAAUCUUUAUGAUCCACAGCAUAGGAUGGUGUACGAACUGACCAAAAAGUCCACGGAUGUCCAGCAGUUAGCCAAGGACUUGCUAAGGGUCUACGAAGGCAUGGGAGACUCUGUGACGUGGAUCAAAUCCCUCAUUGACAUUGAAGUGGCUUCUUUGACCUCUGACGAUGUGAAUAUUCUCUUUAGAGGCAAUUCUUUCUUUACAAGAGUGAUUGACAACUUUUUAAAGUCUACCGGAAGAGACUUUUUAGAGGAAGCUAUUCAGCCCAUUCUUCAACGACUUUGUCAGCAAUACCGCCAAACCGUGGAACUUGAUACGUCUCGCUUAUCGACCAACACUACGGAACUGACAUUAGCAGAUUGUACAGAGAUAUUCAAGGAUGCACAGGAUGUAUGGACAGGCAUCCAAACUGCAGAAUCAAAAUGCCCGAUUGAAUUACGACAAGUGUUUGAUCACUUACAAACAGCCAUUAUCAAGAAAUUCGACCUUCACAAUGGAAAAUUAAGCCGACAGUAUCAAAUUGCACAAUAUACUUGUGUUAGCGGCUUUAUCUUUCUACGGUGGAUUUGUCCAGCCAUUAUUUCUCCCAAGCAAUUUGGACUCGUUCAGAGUAAGAGGCGAAUAGGCUUUUUCUUUAUGGAAAGGCUGUCUUUCUCACCUGUUUUUUUUUUAUCCAUCCAGAUCAACCUACGACAAAAGUAGGUCGUCUCCUUACACUGAUUGCGAAAUGCUUGAUGACACUGGCCAGUUUCAGUACAAUUGAACAAAAUACCAAAGAACCUUGGACACUCCAUCAGUUCAAGCACUUUAUCAAUUCU